UUUGUUUCUUAUUUUAUAUAUUUUAUGGUCAUUCUGUGCCUAUUCUUCCUCAAAAGCGGUAACCCAACGUUAACGCCAUCUUCCUUAGUUUCGUAAUAAUGUUAUGUAUUUGGUUCUUCUUAUUCUCAAUUAUGUCUGGAACUUCCAACUCACUAGACACUUUAGCAGCGAGUCAAUCCAUUCGAGAUGGUGAGACUUUGGUUUCAGCAAGUGGAAUUAUUGAAGUGGGUUUCUUCAGUCCAGGAAAUUCAACAAGAAGAUACUUGGGUAUAUGGUACACAAAUGUAUCCCCUUUCACUGUGGUGUGGGUGGCCAACAGAAAUACACCUCUUGAGGAUAACUCAGGAGUUCUCAAACUCAAUGAAAAAGGGAUUCUUGUUCUUCUCAAUGGCACAAGCACCACCAUUUGGUCAUCCAACAUAUCAAGCAAAGCAGUGAAUAAUCCAACUGCUCAUCUUUUGGAUUCCGGAAAUUUUGUUGUGAAAAAUGGACAAGAAACCAACGAGGAUGGUGUCUUGUGGCAGAGUUUUGAUUAUCCAGGUGAUGCAUUGAUUCCCGGAAUGAAAGUUGGAUGGAACUUGGAGACUGGUCUACAAAGAUAUUUAUCGUCUUGGAGAAGUGUUGACGAUCCUGCUGAGGGAGAGUAUGCAGCAAAAAUUGAUCUCAGAGGAUACCCUCAAUUAUUUAAAUUCAAGGGAUCUCAAAUAAAAUCGAGAAGAGGGUCAUGGAAUGGCUUGUCCCUAGUUGCAAAUCCAGUUACGAGUCCUGAAAUAUCACAAAAAUUUGUGAUGAAUGAAAAAGAGGUGUAUUAUGAGUACGACCUUGCUCUUCCAUCGAUCUUCCUCUUAUAUAAACUGACUCCUUCAGGCGCAGGGCAGAGUUGUUAUUGGACAACCCAAGGAAGAACCUUGCAAGUCGUCUCAACCGGGGAGCAAGAUCAAUGCGAGAAUUAUGCCUUCUGUGGUUCAAAUUCUAUAUGCAGUUCAGAUGGUAACCAAGCAACUUGUGAAUGCCUGCGAGGUUAUGUUCCCAAGUCACCCGAUCAAUGGAAUAUGGUAGUUUGGAUUGAAGGUUGCGUUCCAAGGAACAAAUCUAAUUGCAAUAACAGUUAUACAGAUGGCUUCUUGACAUACACACACCUGAAAUUGCCAGACACGUCUUCAUCAUGGUUUAAUAGAACCAUGAACCUUGAUGAAUGUCGGAAGUCAUGUCUUAAAAACUGUUCUUGUACAGCAUAUGCAAAUUUAGAUAUUCGAGAUGGAGGAAAUGGCUGUCUGCUUUGGUUUAAUAAUCUAGUUGACAUGAGGAAAUUCUCCCAAUGGGGACAAGAUUUGUAUAUCAGAGUCCCUGCUUCAGAAUUAGAUCAUGUUGGCCAUGGAAACAUCAAGAAAAAGACGGUAGAAAUCGCAGUUGGUUUGAUUAUUUUUGGAUUAGUCAUAUGUGCAUGCAUAUAUAUAAUAAAAAAUCCAGGUACAGCAAGAAAACUUUACAACAAGCAUUACAAAAUUAAACAGAGAAAAGAAGAUGCUGAUUUGCCAACUUUUCAUUUGUCAGUCUUAGCAAAUGCUACUGAAAACUUUUCAUCCAAAAACAAGCUUGGAGAAGGUGGUUAUGGACCCGUAUACAAGGGCAAACUGAUAGAUGGACAAGAGUUCGCUGUCAAGAGGCUUUCAAAGAAAUCUGGACAAGGGUUAGAAGAGUUCAAAAAUGAAGUAGCAUUGAUUGCAAAACUUCAGCAUCGUAAUCUUGUAAAACUUCUAGGUUGCUGCAUCGAAGGAGAAGAAAAAAUGUUAAUUUAUGAAUACAUGCCCAACCACAGUUUGGAUUACUUUGUUUUUGAUGAAACCAAAAGGAAGUUAUUAGAUUGGUGUAAGCGUUUCAACAUUAUUAGUGGCAUUGCCAGAGGACUCCUGUAUCUUCAUCAAGACUCUAGAUUGAGGAUUAUUCAUAGAGACCUAAAAACAAGUAAUAUUUUAUUGGAUGCUAAUUUGGAUCCUAAAAUAUCAGACUUUGGCUUGGCUCGAUCAUUUUUGGGAGAUCAAGUUGAGGCAAACACCAAUAGGGUGGCUGGAACAUAUGGUUAUAUGCCGCCCGAGUAUGCUACACGUGGACACUUCUCAGUAAAAUCAGAUGUAUUUAGUUAUGGUGUGAUAAUCCUAGAGAUUGUAAGUGGGAAGAAAAACAGAGAAUUUUCAAACCCAAAACACUACAAUAAUCUUCUUGGACAUGCAUGGACGUUAUGGACUGAAAAGAGGGCACUCGAACUACUGGAUGAAGUGUUAGGAGAACAAUUCAUGCCCUCUGAAGUCAUUCGAUGCAUACAGGUAGGCCUAUUAUGCGUGCAACAAAGACCAGAAGAUAGGCCAGAUAUGUCAUUAGUGGUUUUAAUGUUGAAUGGUGAUAAAUUAUUGCCAAACCCAAAGGUUCCUGGUUUUUACACUGAAAUAGAUGUUACAUCUGAAGCAAAUUCUUCAUUGACAAAUCACCAAUCGGGCUCAAUUAAUGAACUUUCUUUCACAGUGUUAGAUGCAAGAUAGGAAAUGAAGUCAAAAAAAUGAUGGGGCUUUGCUUUCAUAUGUGGACAUAUCAGUUAAUUAAGGAUACAUAUCUAGUGAAAGUGUUAUUAUGAUUUCUUGCUUUACCUUUGCUUCAUGUAUCAAGAUAAAUGUAUGAGAUAAAAUACUAUGAAGAUAAGAAUUAUUAAUUGUAAUCUACAAUAGAAUAAAGUAGUGAAGUU